AUGCCGGAUCCGCCCGGCGCCGAUGCGCCCCCGCCCGAGGACCUAUUGGGUGGUAAUGGCGCGAGUGAUUCAUCACUCAACACGCAAACGUGUGAAGCGGUCACUGGAGGAACCGCGAAUCCUCCAGCUUGGUCGCCCGAGGCAACUCAGGUCCGGUUGGACCAUGAGAAGCUGAUGAAGAAGACCUUCCAAGUGCUCGGGAUUGUUCCCUCCAGCAAGUCGACCCGCCGACUGAUGGUCCUGAUGCACGACGCCUCGACCCCGCCUUCGCAGGCGCCAGCGCUCGCACGAGCCGCCCAAAGAGCGGUGCGAAACGACGCAGCCCCGGCCUCCAAUGUGAUUCGAGUCAUUAUGGAUGGUCCUGGAUCACCCAGAGGUCCUGUACAGACCGCGCUGCGCAAGCACUUUGGAUUGGCCGAGACGCCGUUCAUGUUCGCGCGGCCCGAGGGCGUCGUGCUUGACCCCGAGGUCGAGAAGCUUUUCUCGAAAUGCGUGAAGCUGAACCCGAUUGUGACGAAAGCCACGAAGAGGUUCCCGAUCGCUCGUCACAUGUACGAGCUUGUAUUCGAAUCCGAGCAAGCUUGUCUUGAAGCCGCUUCAGCGGGCCCAUUCCCCUACCACGGCAAGGAGAUGGUUACCGAGCUCCCCAGCGCCUCUCCCCUUAACCACGUUGUGCAGGUGCGAUUCACCUUGCCCUCCUCCUCCAGCGCGAUCCCCGCUUCCGUGCUCCGAAAAUCUCUCGAUGAUGCUAUCACCCUUUCGUUCGGCCGCGCAGGUCGCACGCAAGGUUAUACCCUGAUGCAAUUACAGCGGGGCCUCGCGGUCGAUCCGAAUGGCGAUCCGAUGGCCAUGACCGAAGACGGGUUCCACUGCGCGUACCUUCGCUUACAUGCUGAUCUUUUCCAAGGCUCCAUCGAGACGCAGAAGGGUGCGCUCAACGCCGCUUUGCCACAAGAGAUCGAGAUCCUGGGCGCCAAGUACGGCUUGCGACACGAAUUCGAGACGCACUACUGCGCGGUGUGCGAUCGUGCCGGACACCAGUGGGGCGCUUGCAGGAAGCCGGUUUCGACUCCGGCCACCGCCGCCCCUGUUCCGGGGGCCUCGACCUCGACUUCGACUUCGACCACCGGCUUCCGAGUUGCUGGAAAGAAUGGGAAGCACGGUGGGCCUGCCGCAUUGAACUCUCGUGUCUCUGGCGCGAACAUGAUCCAGCUGGGACCUCGUGCUAACCCCGCAGGUGCAGUAACCGCCAACAAGGACGACGUGAACGACGGCGAUGACGAGUCGGUCGUUUCGACCGAACCGGAGGGCGGCGACACUGGGGAAGAGACGUUGACGCGUGCGACCCUGGGCUCAACAAAGGAGACGCAGACGACGACGGCGGCGCCCGUUUCGACCCCGACCUCUCCUUCGCCUUUGUCCGGUGGCACGUCGGGAUCAUCGGCAACCUCGACAACCUCGAUAGCCUCGACGAGUCCUCGACGCCUUCGUUCGAGCUCGGCACCCGGCAACCGACGUGUCACCCGGGCGGGAUCCGCCAUGAUCCUCGGUGCAUCAGGGGGUGAUGGCUCAGGGGGCAACAGUUCAGGGCGUCACAGGUCCGAGGUGACCGAAUUCGAGGGGGGCGGCGCUGAACUGAUUUAAUCAUGAUUGAGUCACUCACCGUGUUGACGUUCAACGUCCGAUCGAUGAAGAACGCAGUCAACCAAGUCAAAAUCAUCCGUUAUCUCAAAACCCUUCGGCCGGCCCCUGCGGCCAUCCUCCUGCAAGAGCACCACCUCAGCUACAACGCGUCGCGCGAAGGCUUCGAGAGUGCUUGGCCGGGGGCUUCUAUUCGUUUCACUCCUCAUGUCCUUACCCUCAUACCCGAUGGCUCACCUUUGGUGGGCCAUCUCCUUUCCUCUACCCCGGUCGUCUUUGCAGGAGCUCCUCGUUUCGACGGUCGGAUUCUGCGCUCGGUGUUUCGUCUUGAGGAGCUCGAUGUCGAGAUCAUCAACAUGUACGCGCCGGUGCAGGAGGACGAUCGUCGCGACUUUUUCGGGCUUCUGCACUUCAACGCCCCGAGACCCAAGAUUCUUCGGAUCUUGGCCGGCGAUCUCAACGAUUGUCCGGAUGUAUCGGUCGACCGAGUGUCCAUCACCGAUCGCGCUUGUAUUCGAUCAACUCUACUACGUCAGCGAUGUAGUUAUAGCCAAGAGUGAUGAAUGCAUUUCAACAUACCUAUUCGAUCAACUCUACUACGUCAGCGAUGUAGUUAUAGCCAAGAGUGAUGAAUAG